GGGGAGGGCACGGAGGCACACUCUUAUGUACUCAUGGCACCUAAGACCAUCGGACCAUCGCAUUCGCACUCGCCCUGACCACACCACACCACUCACUGGGGUGGCAUUUAAUUCACGCGGGGACCUCUCGUCUGCCUGCCUGCCUGCCUGCCUGCCUGCCCCUCUCUCUCUCUCUCUCUGUCGCGCUUCCACUCCUGUCUGUCUGCCGCCACGCUCUGUCGUCCUCCCUGUCUACUCACACACCACUCGCCAGACAGCCAGACAGAUGGAUGGGUGUACGUGUUUGCUAUGGCCGCUGUAUUUCCUUAGUUCAUGCUUGGUGCGGUGUGCGUCGUGUGUGGCGUGUGUGGUGCCGGGCAAGCUGGACAGCCCCGGUGUAAUCAAAUCAUGUGGAAUGGAUGGAUGGAUGGAUUGCUGCUUAGACAGAUGGACAGACAGUUAUAGAUGGAUGGAUGGAGUGAGGCUUGACGACUCUAUCACACGCGUGCGUGUCUGCAUGACUGCUUAAACAAAGGUGCGUUUGUUGACUUGACAACACCGACGGCCUCCCCGUCCCGAACUGCCAAUUUACAAAAGACGAGAGGACCAAAUGCUUUCGCAGCCAGCCGCUGCUGCUGCUGCUGCGGCCGCAGCGUCGCCAUCGCCAUCUGUGGGUAGUGCCGAGGAGCCCCUGCAGCAGCGUGACGCCCCUCUGGGCGUGAGCAACGAGGCGAAGGCCAUCCACGAUUCGGUUGACAAGUUGAUGAAGCACAUGGGCCAGAAGGUAGAUCUGGCGGCGCAGCGGCGGAUGCUGGGGAGGCUGGACAUGCAGGAGAGCAAGACGGUCCUCACAGCCUUCAGCAGCAUCAAGAAACACUUCAUCAACAGAGGAAAGGUGGAUCAGAUGGAUGGGUGGAUGGAUGGAUGUGCUGUGUUCUGUCGUGUGUGGUAUGUGUGUCAGAAUAGCGUGGAUGCGCUGUUGGUUGAGAGCAAGUUGGACGAGAAGCUGACCACCGCCCACAUGGCGCUCAAGAGCUACCAGGAGCAAGAGCACCUGAACGACCACGAGGGCGUGCCCAUGUAAGCUUAUGGCCAGGCAAGCACGAGGGAGGCCUCUGUGUGUACCCAUCUUCAAUGGACGGAUGGAUGGAUGGAUGGAUGGUCCACCAUGCAGUUCGAUGCAGGUUGACGAGGAGUGUGUGUUGCGGUCGGCUGACUCGAGCGACCCUCGUGAGUUGCUCAAGCUGGUGGAGCUGCAGGCCUACGUCACGCAGCUCAACACACUCAAGCAACAAAACAAACAGGUGGGUGGGCUUAGGUGGCACAACGUACGUGUCAGCUCUCUGGGCAAUGCACAGGCGCACACGAGUCUAUAUGGUGUGUGUGUGUUGUGGUGUAUGUGUGUCAGUUGUCGGAUCAGGUAGCCGAGGCCACGGCGGCCCUCGACGUCUGCACCAAAGAGGCACAGUGAGCUAGGGAUCACAGGACCGAAUGACACACACACAUCCAUCCAUCCAUCCGCUGCAAGAGUAUCCAUCCCUUGGCACCGCACCUGUGUGUGUGUCCAGAGACGUAGCCAACAUGUACGCGCAGGCGGAACAGAAGAUCCUGCAGGUAGGCCAACACAACACAUCAAAGCAAUCAAUACGCAUGCGCCAAACAUGCCUCUGCCCAUUCUCUCUCUCCAUGUGUGUGUUGUGGUCGCAGGAGUUGUCAUCGAGUUGUAUGAGCGACGUGCUGGCCACUCCGGCCGCGGCCGCACAAGACAUUAGCGACCGCCAGCAGUGACGCGGAUGUGAUCGUGUAGCUAGUGGACAGAGAGGGGGAAGAGGGGCUUGUCUGUCUGGCGUGUGGACGGUGGGGUGGUUUGACUCUGAAUGGUCCGAGGAGGGGUGUGUGGGUGUGGGUGUGUACGUGAAUGUGCGUGUGGGCGUAGAGGAAUGAACGAAGGACACACAGUGCAAAGAGAGAGUGAAGGCGCACAUGACACCGAUUUUGUCUGAACCGAACCAGCCAA